AUGUCUGGUAUUGCACGUGGACGUCUUGCUGAGGAGAGAAAAUCAUGGAGGAAGAACCAUCCACAUGGUUUUGUUGCCAAGCCCGAGACUCUCCCUGAUGGCACCGUCAAUUUAAUGGUCUGGCAUUGCACUAUUCCUGGCAAGACUGGGACUGAUUGGGAGGGUGGAUACUUCCCACUGACAAUGCACUUCAGUGAAGAUUACCCUAGCAAGCCUCCAAAGUGUAAAUUCCCUCAAGGUUUCUUUCACCCUAAUGUGUAUCCAUCUGGAACUGUUUGCUUGUCUAUUCUUAAUGAAGAUAGUGGGUGGAGACCAGCUAUAACAGUGAAGCAAAUUCUUGUUGGCAUCCAAGACCUGCUUGAUCAACCAAAUCCUGCUGACCCUGCCCAGACAGAGGGUUAUCAUCUAUUCAUCCAGGAUGCGACUGAGUAUAAGAGAAGGGUUCGGCAGCAGGCAAAGCAAUAUCCACCUCUUGUGUAG